AUGAAACCGACGACGAAGCGGACUACGAGGCAGGCGCUCUUGUGUCCCAAGCCUGGCUGCCUGCUGUUGAAAAAGCAUCUUCCAAAGAAGAAGAAACGUGGCUGCCGAGCUCCUUUAGUCCCAAGGUCGUGGUGGUCCGAGCUUCCAAGCUGGAUCGCGCUUCAUGCAGAGCGAGGCCCCGUGCGAAAGUGCUGGGAAGGCCAUCGCAUGGUUCAAGAUACGCAGGACGGCAGGAGACAUGGCCGUUGCAACAGAUGCUAUGAGCAGCCGCCUGCUGGCAGCCCCAUCUGGGACGCUGAUCCUGCGCGCGUACGCAGUGCCCGAGUGCUGUUGCUGCUGGGUGCUCUUGCAGGCUUCCUCGGUGCUUGCUGCAUUGGGCUUGUGGCAACGGUGGUGGGUAGAUUCUUCACAGGUGGCGGAAAUGCAAAGCUGUUGACCCCGGAAGCGGUGGUGCUAUCACUGCCCAUCAUGCGUGCGCCAGCGCCACACCCCUUGGCAGGACGCAGUCGCCAGCAUGUGCAUGAGCGCUUCAUGAACAGGUACAUGCGCCUUGCACAGAAGGCAACCUUCCCUGCGGAGAUCGAUAUCAAGAACGAAGAUGAUGUUAUCUUCUAUGGCACCCUGGCUGCCAGCAUGGAGUCGACAGCAUUUGAAGAGCAGCAGUGGAGUAGUGUCAUUGCUCUGGGUCGACCUGCUCAGCAAUUCCGGGUGGUCUUUGACACAGGCUCCGCCAACCUGUGGGUGCCCUCGGAGGAAUGCAUCAACUGCGAUUCCAUGAAGUUGGGGCAGCACGGAUUGGUAGCUCUGGAGCUGCACAACAAGUUCGAUGGCCCCAGCUCCAGUAGCUACGAGCACUCGAGGCUUACCUAUGCUUCAGGCCUGCGCGAAGGGGGCAGAUAUCAUCCCAGCUCCUGCAAGGGCUUCCUGGCGCGCGACCGGCUGAGCUUCGGCAAUGUGACGGUGGAGAAGGUGCCCUUUGUGGAGGUCUUCCAAGUGAGUGCACCCUUUCCAGCAUCGGACUUCGAUGGUAUUUUCGGAUUGGCUUUCAAUGGCCUUGCGCAGCCUACAGGAUUGCAAACACCCCUGGAUUUGAUGCAGAAGGUCUAUGGUGACAGGAUGCGCCAGAAGGUCUUCUCUUUCCUGCCUGGUGAACUCGUCUUUGGAGCGGUGCCAAUGGAUCGAUAUCCAUCCGGGAUCAGGUGGCUAGACGUGAUGAAGGACAACGAUGCAGGGGAAGCUGCGUAUCGCUUCUGGGCCAUCUCCAUGGACCGCAUCUCCUUCGGCGGCACCAGAUUGACGGGACGCGUAGGUCUCAUGGACAGCGGCUCCAGCUGCUUGGUGCUGCCCAGCAAAGAUGCCAGCCUCUUCUACGAUGCCGUGCGCCAGGCACAACAGCACGAUGCUCGCUGCAGUGCCCUGCCGACGCUCACCCUGACGCUCGGCGGGCAGGUGGGGGCCCAGGGGCCUAGGGCGGUGGUGAGAAAAGGCGAGGACUACGGCUUCCAGCGCCUGGGCGGCUGCCAGUUGUGUGUCCAGGCGCGCGAGGAACGGCACCUUGGUGGCCGAGUCAAAGUGGAUGAACCUGGGAUUUUGGGGAUCAAACAUCAAACAUCAUCAAACAAAUUUCAUUUAGGAAGGCUAAGAUGA